AUCAGGACACAUUCAGAUCUUGGGCCUUCUGCUAUCUCUUCCCGAUGUAGCGUCUGAGUUUUCAUACUAGCGCGAUAUUUAAAAUAACAACGCCGAAGCGGCUUCUGGCUAUACGGGCUGUACAGCUGGAAAUACGUAUUUACCCGACUUAUACGAGGCUGGUUCUGCGUUAAAUUCGCCAGGGAUUAUCAUAAAUUGCACCACCUAUUCCUACCCCUCCUCUCUACAUCGUUCCUCUUCUCUGCUUCUGGUAGACGUCGCUCUUCGUUAAACGAUAAUACCGUCCUAAUGUCAAUGUCCUCACAUUCUACUAGUGGUCAAUAUAAUUACAAUCCUAUGGACGACGACUCAAGUCCACGGGUCCCGCGUAGGACAGCUAUGGCUUGUCAGUUUUGUAGAGGUCGCAAACUAAAAUGUGAUGGCAGUCGACCUAGUUGUGGUAACUGCAACCGCCGGGGCUAUCCCUGCGUCUAUACCCCUGUGUAUGUGAUUUGUUCUCGUUCAGGAUAGAACUCCUCUAAUGAACUCUUUCUAGCGGGUCGGAACAGCAAAAAUAGCCCACAUCGCUAUACUUCUUACAGGUUGCGUUUGUUCGCCUUACGCAGUUUUCGCUUUCGUGGCUAUAUCUUUCUUCGUCGCGGAACGUUCUGCCGGCCAAUUCCGCUUCUUCAAAUCGUACAAUGAAAGAGGUCCUGAAGGGGAAAAGUCACCAUCACUUUGACAUGGACUUAUCAGAUAUACAUAGGCUACACCUGAGUAAUAUGCACGCAGCCUCCUGUUUAUAGUAUUUGAUCAAGCAUUUUGUCUAUUAAAAUUUACUUUUGGUUCUGUUUUACC